AUGGCGGGCGUCAAGAAGCCCCGAGGCAUUCGCCAUGAUCGACACUGUGAGCAAUGUCGGGCUAAUGGUAUCAAGUGUGAUCUGAAUCGCCCUCGCUGUCAACCAUGUGCACAAAGUGGAGCGGCGUGCCAAUACCCGCAGAGAGUCAUCUGGAUGGGAAGCAGAGAAAAGAAGCAAACAACCGCAAAGAAAUCCCCAUCAUCGAGUUCCCCUGUGUCGCAGGAUCAAGACCUUUCGCCACAGGAACCUCAACAACUUCGAGUACAAUCCAACAAGCACAUACCCAUUAACCUCAACGGCUUCAUCGAUCUUCUCUCUGACUUCUACCAAGAGAUCCAGUCCAGCAAGCAAGAGCUUCCAGACGAAACUAUUCAACUUAUAUCGCAGACUUUGAGUUAUGCACGCCUGCGCCUCCAAGGUGCGAAUGACGAUGAUGCUAUUCAAUCGCAUCUAGUUGCUUUGACCAAUCUCAGCAGGGUCAUUGACUCCGCUCAUCCCAUCGCAUUGUUCGGGAUCGGCACAUUCGCCAUGUUUGAAGUGUGCUGUGGGUCCUUUGGUAACUGGCAGCGCCAUCUACAUGGCGCACGCUCACUGCUCGACCUUCAUUGUUCGAAUAGGGCCGAGCUGGAUAGCCUGACGGGGCGAAUACCAGGACUAGCAGACGUGCUCGCCUACCUGGUUUGGUUCGAUGUUACAGGCACCUUGAAUCGAGGCGACAACGAAUUGAUCUUUGACAACUGGCAUCGCGAGAUCUUGACUCUGGACUUUCUGGAUUGGGUGGGCUGUCCACCCGAUACAUUCGAGCUAUUCGUAUACCUAGCCAAAGGCGAGCACGACGUCGAUCCCCUCGACCUCAGCGCCCGCGCGAUGCAACAGGUUCUACGUAUGAAUGCAAAUGCCUCCACAGAUCCGAGUCUCGCAGACGUCGCGUACCGAGGUUCGGCCGCAAUGGUUUCUUUCGCUCGCGCAGCAGAAAGCAGCUUAUCACCGAGCGCCGCGAUACAUGCAGACGUAAUAUCGUCCCUGGUGGACAAAGUCUGCGAUGCGAUAUCCAGAAUGCCUACUUCAUCCCGAUUCUACGUGCACCUGGCCACGUCUGCGUAUCUGACGGGGAUGCACGCCAGUACCGGUGAUCAGUGCGAUGUGGUGCGGGGUUAUUGGCGGAAUUGCCAGUUGUGCGACUUUCCGAGAUAUCCGGAUGGUCAGGAACAGUGCGAGCGGAGAUGGAGGGAUAAAGGGAUUAUCUAG